AUGGAACCUCCCUUCAUCCUCCUUAUCCUCUUCUUGGUGUUCAUAAUAGCUCCUUCUAAAGCUCAGCAGAACAUCACCCUGGGUUCAGUCCUGACCACCCAAGGCGUGAAUUCAUCAUGGAUUUCACCCUCUGGAUUUGCAUUUGGUUUCCGACUCAUCGAUGCCAACAGCUCUUACAUACUUGCCGUCUGGUUCGACAAGACCAUCGACAAAACCUUGGCAUGGUAUGCCAAGACCAACACAGAAGUACCAGACCUAGUGGUAGUGCCUUCUGGUUCUCGACUUCAGUUUAGCUCUAAUGGUCUCUCACUCCUUGACCCUGGUGGCCAUGAGAUCUGGAACCCCCAAGUCACUGCUGCAGCUUAUGCUAGCAUGCUUGACACUGGAAACUUUGUGCUUGCUGGCGCAGAUGGCUCUACAAAGUGGGGAACCUUUGAGAGCCCAGCAGACACCAUUCUGCCCACACAAGGGCCACUUUCUGAAGUUCAACUCUACAGUCGGCUGACGUCCACGGGCUACUCCAAUGGCCGAUUUCUACUCCAAGUGAAAGAUGGAAACAUUGAAUUUGAUCUAGUUGCUGUUCCCUCAGGAAAUGUGUAUAAUUCAUAUUGGAACCCCAACACAGCUGGUAAUGGCUCACAACUUUUCUUCAGUGCAACCGGAAGGGUAUACUUCACCUUGCAGGAUGGUGCUGAAAUUAAUAUCACGUCUGCAAUCAUGGGUUCAAUGGUAGACUACUACCAGCGUGCAACACUUGAUCCAGACGGUGUUUUCCGCCAGUAUGUGUACCCAAAGAAUGAGGCAGCAAAGAAGUGGAACAACAUAGGGUGGACUAUUGUGGACUUCAUCCCCAGGAACAUAUGUGAAAUCAUCACAAGCACAGAUGGAAGUGGUGCAUGUGGAUUCAACAGCUUCUGCAGCUUCAACUGGAACCGAAAUGACACAGUGGAUUGCCAAUGUCCACCACACUACUCAUUCAUAGACCAGGUGCAGAAGUACAAAGGCUGCAAAGCAGAUUUCCAACCACAGAGCUGUGACUUGGAUGAAGAAACAAUGAUCGAUCAAUUUGAUUUGAUCCCAAUGAAUGGGGUAGAUUGGCCUCUCGCAGACUAUGAGCACUUCACCUCUAUUGGGAUGGAUGACUGCAAGAAACUAUGCUUGACAGAUUGCUUUUGUGCUGUCGUGGUGUUUAACAACGGAAACUGUUGGAAGAAGAAGCUCCCAAUGUCUAAUGGAAGAAUGGACAGUAGAGUUGAUAGAACACUUUUUCUAAAGGUGCCCAAGAACAACAAUUCCCAGUCUCAACUUAAUGGUAACUCCAUCAAGUGGAAGAAAGAUAAGAAGUAUUGGAUCCUUGGUAGCUCUCUACUCCUUGGAAGCUUCUUCUUGGUCUGCAUUCUCCUCGUCUUAUUCAUUACUUUUCGAAAUUAUUUUGCAACGAAAAGCAAGAAGACAGAUCUACCAAAGCAAUCAUCUAGCACUGGGGGACUUCCUCUGAAAUCUUUCACCUAUGAAGAACUUCAUGAGGCAACAGGUGGGUUUUCCGAAGAAGUUGGUAGAGGUGGUUCUGGGGUAGUCUACAAGGGGCAAUUACAAGAUCAACUUGGUACACAUGUUGCAGUCAAAAAAAUUGACAGGGUCUUGCCAGAUAUUGAAAAGGAGUUUGCAGUGGAAGUCCAGACCAUUGGAUGGACAUUUCACAAAAACCUGGUCAGGUUGUUAGGGUUCUGCAACGAAGGGGCAGAGAGAUUGCUUGUUUAUGAGUUUAUGCCAAAUGGCUCGCUUACUGGAUUCCUUUUUGACACCAUCAGGCCAUCUUGGCACCUACGAGUUCAGUUUGCAUUAGGGGUAGCAAGAGGACUGCUCUACUUGCAUGAGGAAUGCAGCACACAGAUCAUCCACUGUGACAUAAAGCCUCAAAAUAUCCUUCUUGAUGACAACUUCACAGCAAAAAUAUCUGACUUUGGUUUAGCAAAGCUGCUGCGGAUGGACCAAACACAAACAAACACAGGAAUCCGAGGAACCAGAGGAUAUGUUGCACCCGAGUGGUUCAAGAACAUUGCUAUCACUGCCAAGGUGGAUGUAUACAGUUUUGGGGUCAUCCUUCUAGAAAUUGUAUGUUGCAGGCGUAAUGUGGAGAAAGACAUGACCAAUGAUGAUAGAGACAUACUUACUGACUGGGCAAAUGACUGUUAUCGUUCUGGAAGAAUUGAUUUACUAGUGGAGGGUGAUGAGGAGGCAUCAUUUGACAUUAAGAGGGUACAAAGGUUUCUGGCAGUAGCACUUUGGUGCAUCCAAGAGGACCCAGCCAUGCGACCUACCAUGCAUAAGGUGACACAAAUGCUUGAUGGUGCUGUUGAGAUCGCGAUGCCUCCUGACCCUGCAUCAUAUAUCAGUUCACUUCAGUAAUGCCCGCGCCCAGAAUUCCAGUAACGCAGUAUGUUGUGCUAAACAACCUACAGCCACAGAAGUUAUAUAUUAAGCACUAUGCUAUGUACUCCAACAAGAAUCAGUUGUUUUCUUUCAUAAAAAACUCAUACCUCUAUGUUAAAUAACAAAAGGCCUUAUGGUG